AUCGGGGGAAAAGCAAAAGGCCUUUCAAUAAAAAGGCCAUUGUACGCCUCUCCAAACAGGCUAUUUUCUCUCUGAUUUUUAUUCCCCUGCUGCGUGCUGAAGGUCACUGGCUACGUCUGCACAAGCUGGUAAAGUCACGAAAAGAAAUUCUUGGCAAGGGAACCCUGGGACAGAGGAAGAGGAGAUGAGGCACUUUAACUGCAAGAAAGUCUGGCUUGCUUUUCCCUCCCUGAACCAGCCCAUUGACCUCGUUCCCUCAGGCAGCUGACCACUCCCCUGGGCUGGAUUUCCUGUACUCCCACAAACAGUCUGGCUUCUGGAGUCAGCCUAUGUUCCUGCCGCUGUCUGGGUGCUGCUCCUCACUUUCCAGGAGGGCAAGUUAUUUUGGAAGAGCUGGAAAGGUGUCCUCCACCAUGCUGGCGCUGCUGUGUUCCUUCCUGCUCCUGGCGGCCCGCGCCUCUACCGAUAUGGAUACCGACACGGCGGAGCCCGGUUCCAACACGGCAGAGCAAAUCCGCGACAUGCACGUCAAGGUGACGGAGAUCUGGCAGGCGCUCACGCACCGGGGGGCGAGGGACGGCGGGCCGGGCGCCGACCUCUACGCCGCCUGCAGCGUGCAGCCAUCCGCCUCGCUAGGCGCUGCGCAGCCGCGGGUCACUGGCCUCGUCCUCUUCCGGCAGCUGGCGCCCGGCGCCAAGCUCGAGGCCUUCCUGGACCUGGAAGGCUUCACCGCAGAGCACAACGGCUCCGCCCGCGCCAUCCACGUGCACCAGUUCGGGGACGUGAGCCAGGGCUGCGAGGCCACUGGGCCCCACUACAACCCGCUGGGCGUGCCGCACCCGCAGCACCCGGGCGACUUCGGCAACUUCUGGGUCCGCGACGGUAGCCUCUGGAAGUACCGCACGGGCCUCAACGCCUCGCUCGUCGGCCCCCAUUCGAUCGUGGGCCGCGCAGUCGUGGUGCACGCGGGCCAGGAUGACCUGGGCCGCGGCGGCGACCAGGCCAGCGUGGAGAACGGCAACGCGGGCCCCCGGCUGGCCUGCUGCGUGGUGGGCGUGUGCGGGCCUGAGCCGUGGGCGCGCCAGGCUCAGAAACAUGCUGAGCGCAAGAAGCGGUGGCGCGAGAACGAGUGCAAGGCUGCCUGAGCGUUCUGGGCCCUGCAGGAGCCGGGAGAUCAUACCUUCCGUGCGCCCCGAGACCCUCUCCGCGCCUUGAGACUCGUUCUGUGCACUGCGACCUCUCACUGUCUUGAGUUCUUCCCCACUGCACCCUGAUACCCCCGCUCUGUGCACCGAGACCUGACUAGGCCGAGUUCCCUCCAUGCGCCCUGAGACCCCUCUCCACCCUGAAGUCUCCUCUCCACUGUGGCCGAGGUCUCCCCUUGAGCCCCGAAACUCCCUCCACCCUGAGGUAUCCCCAAGUAUGCUGCGACACCCCCCUCCAUCCUGAACCACCACCUCCCACACCAGGUGCCCUGAGGGUCCCAGACUAGUGAAGUACCCCAUCCUCCCUAAGGGCCUCCCAGGCCCCCGGUGUUCCCUUUCCAUCCUGACCCCCAUGAGUCCUGAGACCUCACUCUGCCCUGAGGACCCCCUUCCCCCACCAUUUGCCUUUAGGUUCCUCCUAGGUGCUGUGAGACUCCUAAGGUGCCCUAAAGGGUCCCCCUCUCCCCGUCACCACUGCUGUUGGGCGGCUGGCCCAUUCCUAUAGCCGGAGGUUAGGCUCCCUGCCCCGCAACCUCAGCUGUUUUCUGCCACCAGCGGAGAGCUGCUCCUUUGGGGUUGCAGUCUUGGUGUUGCGUAUUAAAAACUCAGCAGUUCAGUCCUG